AUGCCCAGGCCAUCCCUCAGGCCUUCUCAGCUCUUCACCAUCUCGGGCCUGCUCUAUUACUCCACCUGUAUGGCCCUUCCCGGUUUGGAAGAGAAGAAAAGAGUCAGUCAGAAAGGAUGCUGUCUGUUGACCCCUCCUCCUCCACCAAUGUUCCCACCGCCAUUUUUCAGAGGGGGCCGGAGUUCUCUUCUGUCCCCAGAUAUGCCAAACUUCUUUCUAGAGCUACAGACAACCCAGUCUCCAUGUGUUCAAGAAUCCCUUGGCCCCCCUGGGCCUCCGGGCCCCCAGGGUCCUCCAGGGAUUCCUGGACCAAAGGGGGAAAAAGGGGAACUUGGCCGGCCAGGAAGAAAGGGUAGACCCGGCCCUCCAGGUGUCCCCGGAAUGCCUGGGCCUAUUGGCUGGCCAGGCCCUACUGGACCUCAGGGUGAAAAAGGUGAUCUGGGUUUGAUGGGAUUGCCAGGUACAAGAGGACCCGUGGGCUCUCAGGGUCACCCUGGAACCAGAGGGGAAAAGGGCUCCAAAGGCGACAAAGGCAUCCUGGGCCCAAAAGGAGAAAAGGGUUUUCCAGGCCUUCCUGGGAUGCUGGGACAGAAAGGUGAAAUGGGUCCAAAGGGAGAGCCUGGUACAUCAGGACCCAGGGGGCCUACAGGCAGACCAGGAAAACGAGGCAAGCAAGGACAAAAGGGCGAUGCUGGAGUCAUAGGUCCACCCGGCCGACCCGGAGCUCCUGGCAAACCUGGUCCUCCAGGAGUACCAGCAUCAGGACAAUCUGUCAUUGGACCCAAAGGGGAAAGAGGACCUCCUGGGCCUCCAGGGAGAUGUCUUUGUGGCUCUUCCAUGAAUACGAAUAACCCUUCAUAUGAGGACUAUGAGCAUGGACCGAACUACCCCAGAGUGCCUGUGAUUUUUGUGGUGAACAAUGGGGAGGAGCUGGAACGGCUGAACACCCAGAACGCCAUCGCCUUUCGUAAAGACCAGAGAGCUCUGUAUUUCAAGGACAAUGUUGGCUGGCUCCCCAUCCAGCUUACCCCUUUCUAUCCUGUGGAUUACCCUGUAGACGAUGGCAACUCUUGUGGAGAUGGACUCCUACAGCAUGGGGAGGAAUGUGAUGAUGGCAACAACAACGUGGCCGAUGACUGCAUAAGAUGUCAUCGUGCAUACUGUGGAGACGGUUAUCGACAGGAAGGUGUGGAAGACUGUGACGGAAGGGACUUUGGCUAUCUGACUUGCGAGACCUAUCUCCCUGGGUCUUAUGGGGAAUUGAGAUGUACUCCACACUGCUACAUUGACUCUACACCGUGUCGCUAUUUCACAUGA